AUGACUGUAUACUCAACUUUUGAAGACUGGAGACUUGAAGAUGAGAUAAAUCACCAGGAAAACCAAGACAAGCUUUUGAAUCAAGUUGCAUUCAUUAACAAUAAGCCACUAACUGAGGAGAUAGAUCAUGAAUGUAACAAUGUACUGGGGAAAGGGAUUCAUCUAAACAGAACAUCUAAUGAACACAUCGGAGCCUUCAUGCAGAAGUCACACCUCUUUGUACAACCAAAAAUUCUAACCAGUGAGAAAUCAUAUAAAUGUAUUCAGUGUGGGAAGGCCUUCAGUGGAAAGUCAGGACUCAUUGCACAUCAGAGAAUUCAUACUGGGGAGAAACCAUACAAAUGUAAUGAAUGUGAAAAAGCCUUUAUUCAGAAGUCACAACUCACUGUACAUCAGAGAAUUCAUACAGGAGAGAAACCCUAUAAAUGUGGUGAGUGUGGGAAAGCAUUCAUCCAGAAGUCAAACCUCAUUAUUCAUCAGAGGAUUCACACAGGGGAAAAACCCUAUGAAUGCAAUGAAUGUGGGAAAGCUUUCAUCAAGAAGUCAACACUUAGUAUUCAUCAAAGAGCUCAUACUGGGGAGAAACCAUAUGAAUGCAGUGACUGUGGAAAAGCCUUCAUCUGGCAGUCACAGCUCGUUGUACAUCAGAGAAUUCAUACUGGGGAGAAACCCCAUGGAUGUAAAGAGUGUGGAAAAGCCUUCAACAGGAAGUCAGAACUAAGCGUACAUCACAGAAUUCACACUGGAGAGAAACCCUUUGAGUGUAGUGAAUGUAAAAAAGCCUUCAUUAAAAAGUCAGAUCUCAUUGUACAUCAGAGAACUCACACUGGGGACAAAAGGUAUCAGUGCUGUGAUUGUGGGAAAGCCUUUAUCCGGAGCUCACAGUUCAUUGAACAUCAGAGAAUUCAUACUGGGGAGAAACCCUAUGAAUGCAGUGAAUGCAGAAAAGCUUUUAUCCAGAAAUCACAACUCACUGUUCAUCAAAGAAUCCAUACUGGGAUGAAGCCGUAUGAAUGCACUGAGUGUGGAAAAGCCUUUAGUAAGAAGUCACACCUCACUGUACAUCAUAGAAUACACACUGGAGAAAAACCCUAUGAAUGUAGUAUUUGUAGAAAAGCUUUCAGCAAGAAAUCUACUCUCACUGUUCAUCAGAGAAUUCACACUGGAGAGAAACCUUAUGAAUGCAAUGAAUGUGGAAAAGCUUUUAGUCAGAGCACUAAUCUUAUUCAGCAUCAAAGAGUCCAUACUGGGGAGAAACCUUAUGAGUGUAAUGAAUGUGAAAAAACCUUUAGUCAUAGGUCAUCCCUUAGAAAUCAUGAGAGAAUUCAUACUGGAGAAAAACCCUAUCCUUGUGAUGAAUGUGGGAAGGCUUUCAGCCAUAUUGCAGCCCUUAUUCAACAUCACAGAAUUCAUACUGGAAAGAAACCAUAUGCGUGUAUUGAAUGUGGGAAAACCUUCAGCCGGAGCACACAUCUUAUUGAACAUCAGGGAAUUCAUCAGAGAAUUCAUACUGGAGAGAAACCUUAUGUUUGUAAGGAAUGUGGAAAAACCUUCAGCCGAAGCACACACCUUACUGAACAUCUAAAAAUUCAUUCUGGUGAGAAACCCUAUCGAUCAUCAGUAAAUGCAAGGAUCUAA